AUAAUUUUCACCCUCCAAUAAGACCAUAACCCUUAAGGCCAAAGUGCCAAACCCUUCAUAAACCCCAACCCCACCACCAAGGCACCAACCUAAAACCAUGUUGAAACAAAAUUUGAAGCUCACAAUCACUACCGUCCGUCUCAUCUCCGGCAAACCUCAGCUCCUCCGGUCAAUAUCCACCGCAACAACGCCAGUCCCGUCUACAAAUCCGCCGGGAAGCCGCCGUACUAUCUCCAAAGAGGAUCUGCAGAAGAGAUUAUGGGCGGUGCUGAACAAAGGCCAAAAAGUUUCGGAUGUUUUGUACCAGAUUAUGCGAAAUGGCGAGCAGUUCCUUAGCCCUGACCUUCUCUCUUGCCUACAAACUUUGCGCAAGUUUGGCCACUACAAUCCUUGCCUUGAGAUACUUGAUUGGAUGGAUAAAGGUAAACAUAGCUAUUCAGCUGCAGACUAUGCAUUGCGAUUAAAUCUAAUGUGCAAAGUUAGAAGCAUUGAUGAUGUUGAAAAAUACUUUGACACCAUUCCUCUAGAACUCAAGAACGAUUCUGUAUAUGGAGUACUUCUAAAUUGCUACUGUACUAAAAUGAUGAAGGAUAAAGCAUUGGCACUUUUCAAAAAGAUGGAUGAACUGAAUUACGUGUCUAAUUGUUUCGCCUACAACAGUCUCAUGAGUUUAUAUACCAAAGUAGGUGAAACAGAGAAGGUGCCGUUGCUUGUAGAAGAGAUGAAGCAGAGAAGCAUCCCACUAACCAACCCGAUUUACUACAGCUGGAUUCAGAGCUAUAGACAUGUCUUCAACCUUGAAAGUGUUGAACAAUUGGUGAAAGAGAUUCAAGAACACAAAACUGUUGAAGAAGAUUGGCAAAUAUACAGCAACCUUGCUGCAGUUUAUAUUGAAGCUGGUGAGUCUGAGAAAGCUCGUGAUGCCUUAAAAAAGACAGAGGAACUUUUUGACAACCCUAAAAAUGCUGACAGAAAAGCAUAUCAUUAUCUGAUUUCUAUGCAUGCUAGUACUGGUGAUUCAGAAUCUGUUUAUCUGACAUGGCAGAAACUGAAGUCAAAAUUCGAAAUUUGUCAGAACGUAAGCUACCUUUCUAUGCUUCGAGCACUGUCAACUCUAGAUGAUAUUGAAGGCCUCAAGAAGCUUCUAGAAGAGUGGGAGAUGAGCUGUAAAAUCUAUGAUGACAGGCUACCGGCUGUUGCGAUGAGUGCUUACCUGAAACAUGACAUGGUUGAAGAGGCUGAACACCUGCUGAAACAUGCUAAAGGUAAAGCUGAACGGCCAAUAAGGUCGCCCCACGUUGUUUUCAUGAACUACUUUUUGGGGAAACAUCAAUUUGAUUCUGCUUUGGAGCAUUUGGAAGCUGCAAUGGCUGCAAAAUGGAAGCCAUUAACAGAAAAGCUUGAUCCUUUUUUUGAACAUUUCAAAGUAGAAAAGGAUGUUGACAGUGCUGAAGAAUUAUGCAGAAAAUUAGAGAAAGUUCGGGUUCUUAACUCGAAGGGCUACUUGUGGUUGCUUCAGACUUAUGCAGAUGCUGGUAAAACCGCCCCGGAAAUGCGUCAAAGGAUGGAGAAAAGUGGUGUAGAUAUUAGUACUGAGCAUGAGGAGUUGCUCCAGAAGAUAUGCUUGAGUACUUGACAUUUUUUGUUUUAUUUUUAGGAGUAUAUGUUUUGGGAAAUUUAAUCUUGUGAAAAUUCCCACAACUACCCCUUUGUUAUGGACAAUUUAGAUUUGUGUGAGAGAAGUAGAUUAUUGAAAUUCGUUGAUUAGUUUUUUUGGGUGUAAAGUGAGCCACUAAGAGCAAGGCGACAAAUAAUGUAGACGGAAUUCGAUCCCAGGUCUUGGGUAUCACCGCUCAAGACUUUAUCAACUAAGUUAAUUGAUAUCCACAAA